UUUUGCAUUUUUAUGGGCGGGGGCAUAUUUUGAUUAAAAAUCUACAUAUUUUUAUGAAAAAAGUAUUAUUAUUAUUUGUUAAUGGACAUUUUAUAUACAAAAUAGAGUAACAGAUAAAAACAUACAGUGUAAUAGAACGAUCACCAAGUUAUUGAUCCUUUAUUUUUACUAUGAAAUUUGGCUUUCACAGAAGCAUAUAAGAAAGAAGCCAAAAUGUUUUAUAUAUAAUAUUUAACAGCAUGAGCCAGGCUAGUAAUUACUUCCCAGAUCAAGACAAUAUGUUGGAAGCGGAUAGCUCGAGUGCUUUAGAGCAUGGCAAACAGAAGAAAUUCAGUUCAGGUUCAUUGAGUGGAGAUAUUUCUAGGCCAAAAGUGGUGACUGUUAAGCAUCCAGAAUCGAAUAAACUAAAACCGACUGCUAAAAAGAACAAACAACCCAUUCAAGCUGAUCUAGACGUAGCAAAGGAGUUUAUACGAUGCAAGGAGGAAUGUUUAAAAAGACUAGAUUUAAGUAAAUCAAACAUUACGCACUUGCCUCAAACUAUAAGAGAUUUAAAUCACUUAUCAGAAUUAUAUUUGUAUGGUAAUAAGAUAGUACAGUUGCCAGCUGAAAUUGGUUGUCUUACUAGUCUUCAAAUGUUAGCAUUAAGUGAAAAUUCUUUGACUAGUCUGCCUGAUUCUUUAGAGAAUUUGAAAAAUUUAAAAGUAUUAGAUUUGAGACACAAUAAAUUAAAUGAUAUCCCUGAUGUUGUUUACAAGCUGACUUCUUUAACAACAUUAUAUCUUCGAUUUAAUAGGGUGAGGUAUGUAGGAGAGGAAAUUGCUAAUUUAACUGCACUAACAAUGCUGAGUUUGAGAGAAAAUAAAAUUAAAGAAUUGCCUGCUGGUAUAGGAUGUUUAGUUAAUUUGCUUACAUUUGAUGUUUCACAUAAUCACUUAGAGCAUUUGCCUGAGGAGAUAGGAAAUUGUGUGAAUUUAUCAACAUUAGAUCUUCAACAUAAUGAAUUGUUAGAUAUUCCAGAAUCUAUUGGUAAUCUUCAGCAGUUGACUAGACUGGGACUGAGAUACAAUCGAUUAGCUCACAUACCAGCAAGUUUAAGUAAAUGUCAUGAAAUGGACGAGUUUAACUUGGAAGGAAAUGCAAUUUCACAACUACCUGACGGCUUAUUGUCAAGUUUAAACAAACUACGAAGUAUUACAUUGUCAAGAAACAAUUUUUUAGCCUUUCCAUCUGGAGGUCCAUCUCAGUUUACUGAUGUGGAUUCUGUAAAUUUGGAGCAUAAUCAAAUAGAUAAAAUUCCUUAUGGAAUAUUUUCCAGAGCUAAACAUUUAACAAAAUUAAAUAUGAAAGAAAACCAACUUACUUCUCUGCCGUUAGAUGUUGGAACAUGGGUUAACAUGGUAGAAUUGAAUUUAGGCACAAACCAGCUCACAAAAUUACCUGAUGAUAUACAGUGUCUUCAAGCUCUAGAGGUUUUAGUAUUAUCAAACAAUCUUCUAAAGAGAAUUCCACCAAAUAUCGGAAACCUUCGUAAGUUAAGAGUCUUGGAUUUGGAAGAGAACCGUUUAGAGCAACUUCCCAAUGAAAUAGGUUAUUUAAGAGAACUACAAAGACUUAUAGUACAGUCUAAUCAGCUCACCCAACUUCCACGUGCCCUCGGUCAUCUGACCAACCUAAUAUUCCUUAGCGUAGGAGAGAACAAUCUCAGCUAUCUUCCGGAAGAAAUUGGUACUUUGGAAAAUCUAGAGUCUCUCUAUGUUAACGAUAAUCCCACUCUUCACAAUUUACCUUUUGAAUUGGCGCUGUGUUCAAAUUUACAAAUCAUGAGCAUCGAAAAUUGCCCCCUCUCUCAAAUUCCAGGUGAGAUUGUAGCGGGGGGUCCAUCAUUGGUCAUCCAGUACCUAAAAAUGCAAGGACCCUACAGGGCGAUGUGAUCAAGUUAUCCAGAGGAUCUUUAGUAGUAAGAUUCAUAAAUUUUGUAAUAGUAUGAGAAAUAUUGAUGAAAGUUUAUGAAAUGUUGCUGUUUAUGACUUUGUUGAUGAGUCUAUACUUAGUAUGAGUUUUUAUGUAUCUCAUCUAUUUGUUAUACAGGGUGUUAACUCUUUUUUGUGUAGUUUCUAAAUGGCGUUUUGAUAUUAAUGCUUAUUAUUGAUGUAAAUAUCCUGUGUGUUGGAUGUUUGUUUUCUCAGUCAAUAAGUGCAAUAGUUUUAAUUAUUGUUUAAAAGUAUUUUAAAUAAUAUGCAAAAGCCCCGUAUUUGUAACCUAUUGCAAAGUAUAUUAAACAGUUAAAUUAAUGAAUGACAGUGAUAUGAAAAUGAGAUAAAAGUAUUUUAUAAAUUACAUACUUUGAUAUUUUUGAAAGAGGUAUUAUAUUUAUUUCAAAAUAAAUUAAAAAAAUAAUCAUUUUCUAAUAUCAAUAUUUUUUUAACUCAUCAGUCUGAGGUAUUUAUUUUUAUUGGCUACGUUGUGGCAUUGCUUUUAUACAUAAGUCUGUAACUUUGAGAACUGUUUUUACCUGUUUUUAUUUAUUAAGUAGGUAAAAUAUCUUAUUGUUUCAAAUAAAUCAUGCUUUGCCUCCAAAAAUUGUUUCUAGAUUUACUUCGAUAAUUGUUUAGUUAUCAGCCAAAACUAAAAACGCACAAUAUUAACGUGAAACCUAAACGUAAGUUGUAUGUAUAGAUAGCUUUUGCUUUGUUUUGUAAAAACCGUUUAGAGGACGUGGUGUUAGAAACAUUGGUGAUUUAUUUUUGAGCUGUGUAUUGUUUUUAGUAACGCUUAACGAAACGGUGUUAUAAUCGAAAAGGCUUUGGACAUUAACAAUUAAAAAGUUUCUAAUGUUUAAAUUAUUUUUGAGUUGUCUAUGUCUAAAGCUCAAUCGUAUAUACAUAUUUGUUGCUAAUAAUGUUAACUGUAUAUUAGAGUGUAAUAAUCUAUUGCUCCAUAAUGAGAUACGUAAGUAUAUAUUUUUAUUUUGUGGUGUGAUAAAAUGACAAAACAAAAAUAUUUUGAUAGAAUAACUGAGUUGAUAUCAAUUUCAAAAAAAAUUGAUCUAGUUCAAAACGAGUGCGUAUCUACUUCAGGAAAAAAGAAUAAAAUUUUUACUUUUUUUGUGUAAAUAAUUUUGCCUUUUUUUUCGAUUCUAUCAUGCAUAAUUACUAGUACGCCAUUGGUUAAUAAAAACCAGUGGCGUAUACUUUUUUCCCUAAAAAUGUUUCUAUGUAUAAUUGAACAUUUACCAUUAUAAAAUAAUCUGAAGAUUUACCUUGUGAUGUAUUUUAAAAAAUCAACAUUUCAACAAGAUCUAAGCUAUUUGUACGUAGGUCUAUAAAUAGGCGUCAUAUUCUCUCUAUAACAUGUGAUACGAUUAUUAGAGAUUGUUUUGUAUUAAUUCUAAACAAUUUAACGAAUUGUUUUAGGUAUAGUAUUGAAAAAAUACUAUAAUGCAGAUAAAUUUAUGUAAUGACUGUAAAUUUUUUAAUUUCAAUGCAUUUAUGUAAACAAAAGGGUAGCAUUUUCUUGCUGAAAAUUGAAAUAAAAAACUUUAUUAAGUGUUAUUGUAAUUGUUUGCUAUAAAUAUAUACUGUAUUUUA